ACAUCCUAUCGACCAAAACGUUAACGGUUUCGAGGCUCCUAAGCUGAUCACGGCACGCGCCUCAGCGGCGUUGAUCGUUGAUAAUCUUUUCAGUGGGGCGGUAUCGCCACUGUACACGGUUGAUCGUCGUUACCCAAAAAAUUUCAAAAAAUUAAAAUAUAACACAAAACAUAAUCCGCAACCGUGGGCACGCGUCGAAAACCAUCUAGAUAACGUCGUCGUAAGUAAAUCAAUUAUGAAUCCUAAAGACCUGUGUGAUAUUGAUGAUUUAGCCACAUCUCUAGUUGUUGAUGUUUUUCUUGGGUUUAAUACACACAAAAUGGAUGUAAAUUAUAAAGAAAUGUAUACAUGUAAAUCAGAUUUAAAACCUAUUAUUGAAGAUUUUAUACAAAAUCAACAAAUGAAAAAAGCUUUAAAUGCUUUAUGGAAUAAAAAGUGUAUACCUAGUCAUUUAUUCAAAGGGUCCUAUAAAAAAUUAGUCCGAGACCAUAUUGAAAGGUAUUUAGGUAUAUUCUACAGAGAUUCUGGUUUUAAAAUUGAACCAUGUCAUAGAUAUUCAUUAGAAAAUAAAGUAGGAGCCAAAAUAACUGCCUCGAGAUUUUGGUUUAGAGGUGACAUUAUUAAACAAUUAGUUGGGUCUGUAGCUGAGCUAACAGAAGAAGAAGAAGAUGAAAUCUUACAUAUUGGUAAGAAUGAUUUUUCAGUGAUGUAUAGUUGCCGCAAAAAGUGUGCUCAACUUUGGCUUGGUCCUGCAGCAUAUAUUAACCAUGAUUGCCGAGCAAACUGUAAAUUCGUAGCUAAUGAUAAGGGAACUGCUUGUGUUAAAGUACUCAAAGAUAUUGAACCUGGUGAAGAAAUAACAUGCUUUUAUAGUUCAAAUUUCUUUGGUGAAAAUAAUAUUUACUGUGAAUGUUAUUCAUGUGAAAAAUUUUGUACAGGGGCUUUUAAAACCAAGGAAGAAAAACCAAACCCAGGAAGAUAUAAUUUUAGACAGACUAAUGGUCGAAUCAAUUCUUAUCGGUCUCCAACUAGAAGUAAAAAAAUUAAGGAACCCAAGACACCAAAAAAGAAUAAAAGCACAAUUUUGGAACCUGUAACUCCAAAUAAAUAUCCUGAAGCUGAUAAGGGUGAAGCCUUGCUGGGAUCUCCAUACACGAAAAUAAUUCAAAAAACAAGAGGUUUAGAUUUAGAUAAGACAUCUAAAUAAUGAAUAAAAAAAAUAAUAAUUUUUUAUUUUAACCAAAAUGUUAAAAUAUUGUUAUAAAAAUUUAUUAUAACAAUAUUACUACAUUAUUUAGAAUAAAAUAAAAUAGUUUAUCAUUUUCAAAAUGCUCAAUUUAGUGUUUGACCAAGUUUUUCUAAGCUUAACUUAUGUAAUUUUAACAGUUUUUACAGCUUUAACAAUACCUUUUUUUUAAGUAUUCAUCUUAAACAGAGGUGGCCAACCCAAAUGAUCUUGCGGGCCACUUUGCAAUUACAUUUUGAUGCUGUGGACCACAUAAAAAAUUUUAUUAGAAUUUUGCUCCAAUAUUAAACAAUUUGGAGUAAACAUUUUAAACAGGAUUAACUAUAA